CAUACCUUAUUUUUCUGUUUGGCUGCCAAGAAACUGUAUUUCAUUUUUGUUUUCUGUUCCUUUCCUUUUCUCUUCUAGCUGUAGUAAUCAGUUAAUGUCCUGAAGAUGGCUGCCGCACCUUAUUUUUCUGUUUGGUUGCCAAGGAACUAGAUUUCAAUUUUUUUUUUUUUUUUUUUCCAUUUCUUUCCUUUUUCUUUUCUAGUUCUAGUAAUCAGUUAAUGCUCUAAAGGUGGCUAACACACUUUAUUUUUCUGUUUGGUUGCCAAGAAACUGAAAUCUAAUUAUUAUUAUUAUUAUUAUUUUUUGUUCCUUUUCUUUUCUAGUUGUAGUAAUCAGUUAAUGCUCUGAAGGUGGCUGGAAUGCUUUUGUCUUUCUGUUUGGGGGCCAAGAAACUGUAUUCCGGCCCCCUUCUCUAUUCCUUUCUUUUUCUAGAGCUGAGCAAUUCAUGGAAAUGGAAGAUGAAAAUAGACAAUGUUGUUGUACAAUAGUCUCCGGCCCUUGGUAAUUGUCAUAUAAAUGAAUGGCUGAUGGCCUAAUGAUAGAAUGGCAUAGAUGUAUAGUUGUUCUAUGCCAUUUUUCUUUGAAUUAUAAGAUUUUAUAUAAAGUAUAUGUUAGUUUUCUAUUUUAGGACAACUAAAUAAAACCAAUUACUACCCUUCAAUAACCUCUCUCCCUCCUUCCCAACACCUUGACCAUUUCAACUUUCCCUCUCAUUCUUUCUUUCUUGCUCCCCAUGCUGCAAUUUCCCCCCUGAACUCCUUUCUCUUUCUCUCUCGUCGCCAUUAAGGAAAAGAAAAAAAAAAAAAAGAAAAAAAAAAGAAAAAAAAAAGAGAAGAAAACUAGAAGGAAAAGAAUUGAGACAUGGGAGGGAUGGGGAAAGAUAAGGAAUCAUCGAAAUGGAUGCUGGAGGGGGUCCAGGUCGAUCGUAUGGUGGAUGUGCCUAUUCAUAAUGAAAAGCCAAAGCCAAGCUCUGUAUCAUCACAAUGCUCAAUUAACAAGGCCAUCAAGAGGACUAUAAGCACCGCGGGAAAGAAAGGAAUGCAGGGUGUGAGGAGAAUCACAAAAUCAGGCACCGAAAAGGGGUUUGUCAGCAUCCGGUUUCUUGACAGGGCGAUGACCGGGAAGGAAGGGGAUGCGUGGAAGCCUAUUGAGAAACGUUUCGAUCAAAUGGCAGUUGAUGGGAGGCUCUCUAAAGAGAAAUUUGGAAUCUGCAUUGGUAUGGGAGACAGCAAAGAAUUUGCAGGGGAGUUAUUUGAUGCCUUGGCGAGGCGUAGGAGGAUCAACACGGAAAAUGGGAUAACAAAGAGCGAAUGUAAAGACUUUUGGGAAGACAUGUCCAGUAAAGACCUUGAUGCAAGGCUUCAGAUUUUCUUUGACAUGUGUGACAAGAAUGGAGAUGGGAAGCUAUCAGAGGAUGAGGUUAAGGAGGUUAUAAUUUUGAGCGCCUGCGCAAAUAAGCUAUCAAAUCUUAAGAAACACGCCGCGACUUAUGCAUCUUUGAUCAUGGAAGAGCUUGAUCCUGACCAUUUAGGAUAUAUAGAGAUGUGGCAACUUGAAACUCUACUUAGAGGGAUGGUGAGCUCUGAAGGAGGCAGCAAGUCUGACUCCAGGAUGGCGAAGAGAACACACACACUCGCGAGAACCAUGAUCCCGAAACAAUACAGAACCCCUGUUAACAAAUUUGUGUCUAAAACCAAAGAGAAAAUUUUUGAGAACUGGAAGAGAAUAUGGGUAAUUGCAUUGUGGUUAAUCUUUAACGUGAUCCUCUUCAUUUAUAAGUAUAAAAUGUACAAAACACAAAAAGGAUACAAAAUUAUGGGUAAUUGUCUCUGCAUUGCAAAGGGUUCAGCUGAGACUCUCAAGUUAAAUAUGGCACUCAUUCUAGUCCCUGUAUGCAGAAGAACUCUUACUAAGCUAAGAGAGACUUUUCUUGGUGCUUUAUUCCCUUUCGAUGACAAUAUAAAUUUCCACAAGUUCAUUGCAGUUGCUAUAGCAAUUGCGAGCGCUGUCCACACAGUAAUGCAUCUAGCUUGUAAUUUUCCAAGAAUAUCAUCAGCCCCCCUAAUGAAAUUUAAGGCAAUUCUUGGACCUCUCUUCCACGACAAGAGGCCAAGCUACGCAGGCCUGCUAGCGAGUGUUCCCGGUUCAACUGGCCUUAUAAUGGUAUUUCUGAUGGCUUUCUCUUUCACACUGGCGACACAUUCCUUCAGGAGGAAUGUGGUCAAAUUGCGCUGGCCAUUUCACUAUUUGGCGGGGUUCAACUCCUUCUGGUAUGCACAUCAUCUGCUGGUCUUUGUCUAUAUCCUCUUGUGUAUCCAUGGUUCCUGGUUGCUGUUCAGCCAUACUUGGUACAAGCAGACGACUUGGAUGUAUCUCAGUUUCCCAUUAGUCUUCUAUGUCAUCGAGAGGCUUCAUAUAUCUAUGCGGGAUCACCAUCAUCGAGUCAGCAUCAUUAAGGCUAUAAUAUACACAGGAAAUGUUCUGGCAUUAUAUAUGAGCAAACCACCAGGUUUUAAGUACAAGAGUGGAAUGUAUCUCUUUGUCAAGUGUCCAGACUUAUCAAAUUAUGAAUGGCAUCCCUUUUCCAUCACUUCUGCACCAGGAGACGACUACUUAAGCGUCCACAUACGUGCUUUGGGAGACUGGACUACAGAGCUUAGAGAAAGAUUUGCAAAGGCAUGUGAACCUCCACCUGCACAACCAAGAAGUGGAAAUCUUGUUAGAAUGCAAACGAAAGUGAACACGAACUUUCCAAGGAUUCUCAUUAGAGGACCUUAUGGGGCACCAGCUCAGAGCUACAAUAAGUAUGACAUCCUUUUUCUCAUUGGCUUGGGAAUUGGAGCAACUCCAUUCAUCAGCAUCAUAAAAGAUCUCCUAAACAACAUCAAGCCGGGUGAAAAAGAUCCGGUGAGUUCAAAGCAAGCCAGCCUUGGCUUUAUUAAUUAAGAGCAAACAAAAAGCGGCUUUGAGGGAGCCAAAAAAUAUCCAGAAAGAGCAUAUUUCUAUUGGGUGACGAGGGAACAAGGCUCCUUUGAAUGGUUCAAAGGUGUCAUGGAUGACAUAGCAGAGUAUGACCAGAAUCACAUAAUAGAAAUGCACAACUAUUUGACUAGUGUGUAUGAAGAAGGAGAUGCACGUUCCGCGCUCAUUGCCAUGGUUCAAUCUCUGCAACAUGCUAAGAAUGGACUUGACAUUGUCUCAGAAAGCAGGAUCAGAACACAUUUCGCGAGACCAAACUGGAAAAAGGUAUUCAAUCAACUGUCAACUGACCAUCCAGCUGCGCGUAUAGGUGUCUUCUACUGUGGAAGCCCUACACUCACCAAACCACUUAAGAGACUGUGUCAAGAAUUUAGCUUAAAUACAUCAACGCGCUUCCAUUUUCACAAAGAAAACUUUUAGAGCAAUCCCUCGCAUCAACAAAAAAUAAAAAUUCUUUUUUGGUCACAAAUCAACACACAAACCAUCCAUUGCCUUUGUGUUAGAGAAUAGCUAGUAUGAUAUACAUUGUAUAAUUAUUCCAUGAAAAAAAGAAAAAGAAAAUUGUACACAAACAGGUUUAAAUUUGGAAUAUUAGAAUUUCUUUAUGGUUGUAAAUUUUUAGUUAGAUUAAAAUUUUACAACUGCACUUAUUGGUUUUUGAGGUUC